GGACCGCGUGGAUCGCAUUUCAAUUUCGCAUGAUGAUCGAGGCGUGUUGCCGCGGUAUGCCACGGCCACGGGAGGAGCGGGCGAUCUCGCGUCUAGCUGUCUUACUCAAGAAGAGAAGGGCGCGUGAGUGCAGCGCAGUUCCCGUUUGAAGGCGUCAGCGGAGACGGCUCGGGUUAUGCUGACUGGUGACAUUCCGCCGGAUGUGGCGGAGACGUUCCCGGCUGCUCCGAGUCGGCUGGAGACGGCGACCUGGCACCGGCCCACUUCUUUCAUGCGGUUCAGCGCUGCUUGGAGGCGAGCAUCAUGCGUCUCAGCGUCCUUGCCGUAGACCACGUCAUCAUACAGAGUUCACCAUUGGACGUGAGCGUGUAAGGACUCACGCUGUGCGCGGUGACCGUUCGAGGCCGGACCCCAAACAGCGACCACGACUCCGGUCUCCGGUUCAAUAGCUAAGUAGUUGUAUUUAACUGGUUCUGGCAGUCAUUACCUUGAAUGUGAUCGGUAACUGGGUACAAUAGAGAUUUGUUAUUUAGUAGCCAAACAAUAAUUAUGGUGCCAGCAUUACGACCUGCUUCGCUAAAGAAACAGCGCAAUAGCGUGAGGCGAUGCCGUGACUGCUGGUUAAGACUGAGACCGAGUCGUAGUAUUCACCCGAUACACCGCCGUUCCUACCAACAUCUACCGUGCAAUGCCCAAAGGCACGCAGCGGCUGAUGGCUGUUGUGGUGGACGGCGGGCUCAGUCGCUGCUGGGGGCGCGGCUGGGCGACAACGGUGCCAUGUUGUUUCCGCUGCUGAUUCUGACGGCCACCGGCGGGGCGCGCUCGAACGGCGCCUCGCCGGCGUUCUUUUCGUUCCAGCCUCUGGAUCCGGCGAACGGCGUGAUGCCGAGCGUGCUGGAGACGCGGCCGGCCGGCGGCUGCGAGUGCCGCGCCUUCUGCGGCGCCGACCCGGCCUGCCUCGGCUACGGCUACAGCCUCGACACCGGCCUGUGCCUGCUGACCGACGUCCUGCCGCUGCCCGAGAGGCUGGAGCCGAGCGCGGCGCUGUGGCACUGGCACGCGCGCGGCGGCGCCCGCCGGCUCGGCGAGCCGUGUACGCUCGGCUCUGAGUGCUGGUCGGUGACGCCCGGCGGCGCCUGUCUGUCGGGCGUCUGCCGCUGCCGCCCGCCGUUCCAGCUCGACGGAGACCGGUGCGCCAAGACGGGCGGGUUUCUGCCGGUGGGCAACGGUCGGCUCUCGGCCGAACCCACGGCUGAGGCCGCCACUGCCGACGUCGACGAAUGCAAGCGACUGUGCGCCGACAACACGACCUGCAUGGCGUGCGACUUUUCGCCUUCCGACGGCCGCUGCCUGCUCUACGCUCAGGGCAUCGUCUCCGAUGCCGGUUCGGGUGGCGACGAGCUGUCGUUCGUUUGGCAGUUUCCGCGGCCUGACGGCGUGGUCCCGGCCUCGGCCCGGCUCGUGCAAGACCAGCAAGUGAUCCGAGUGGGCAUCACCACGGGACUGGAGGCGGCUCAUACCUGUUUCGCCAACAAUGCCAUUGUGUAUCCAGGCGUGUCACAGACUCAUCUCAAUGACCUGAACGCUGCCUGGCCGGAAAUAUUUAGCACGAUGGAGCCGUCCUAUGUCGGACUGGAUGACUUGCUGGUGGAGGGUACAUUUGUUACCAGCGACGGAGAAGACGCGCCUUCUGUUGGAUGGGGAGCCAUCGAGCCCAAUAAUGCCAACAACGAGGACUGCGUCACCACCUCUAGAGAUGGCGUGUUUCUGAACGACGUGGAGUGCCACCUGCCCUUCAUGGUGCUUUGUCAGUACAUGGGCGAUAACCUGGCUCUGGGCAAGUUGAGCUGGAUGAGCAUGGUGUCGCCCGGCUCUGCGGCCGCCAACGGUAACGACGGUGACCUCCUCAGCGCGGCCAGUAUGACCCUGACCGACGGACCGCCGCUCACCUGGACCGUCGACCUGGGCGGCCCCGUGCAGGUGACCAGCGUGCUGUUGGCGUCCGGCGCCGCCGUCGGGCGCGACACGGAGGUGCGCGUUGGCAGCGACCGGCGGCUGUUCGACGAGCGCCACUCGGCGCGCUGCGUGCUGCGCGCCCAGCCGUUUGUGGCCGCCUUGUACGCCCGGCUGCUGCGCUGUGACGAGCCCGUCACCGGCCGGUAUGUGCGGAUCAUCCGGCGCGGACCGGAGCUCACGCUGGAGCUGGCCGAUCUGGCCGUGUUUGGGAACCGCCUGGAGGCUCCCGAGGGCGGCUGUCCGGCCUGCCCGUGAGCGGGGACUCCGUAUCGGUGCCCCAAGAAACACCGGGGCCCUUUUCUCGGCACGCCGCUACCUCCGCUGCUACUGGGUAUCGGAGCUCGAUUUCCAUGGAAACGUAAGCGAAGUUGGAAAAUUUGCUGCUUACGUUCCCAUGAAAACCGAGCGCCGCUCCCUGGUAUUACCAAGUAGCAGCGUGCCGUGAAACAGGGGCGGGGCAAACACCUGAGCGAGAUGUUAUUAGAACAGCCGUGUAACUCUAUGCGCUGGUUGGCGCGUGUAUUUAGUGUGGCUAAAUAGGUUGACAAAAAUCACCCCUUGAAAAUUAGUGUACACUUCCACCAUGGGAAUGGCACUUUGACUUGCCAUUAAUUCACAGUGGAGUAGUUCCAUUUUAUAUAAAUGCGUAUAAGCGCAUUCCUAAACGGGUUGCGCUCUAAUCUUAAUUCUUAUCACCACUGGCGUCCCACGGGCCCGUCCUUCCGGUGACCUCCCGGUACCGCUCUUCGCCCCUUCCUUGCGGAUUCUGUCAUCGUACCAAAGGUUUUGUGCAGUCUCGUGUCAUGGCAGUUUGGUACCGGAUCAAUAAAUUGCGUCAACAGAACA